UGCUAUCGAUUUUUGGCAUCGAGUACAAGUGCAACAACAAUGUUUGCGUUUAUUUUUCGCUUAAAUCCGUUGAAAAUUCCGUGAAAACGAAUGAAAAGCAGUGCAGCUGCUUGAUAACACAAAAGGGGUGCAUAAAACAAAUCGAAUAACAACGGACCAACGCCACCGGAAGCGCAAAAGUAAACACAAAAUCGGAAAUCCGAAAAGUGAAUCAGAAUUUUUCCAGCUCACACACACACACAACCGCACGCCCAGCAAACACACAUGCAAACGCACGGAACCAGUCGUGUUGUUGUUGUAAAUAAGUGCAAGUGAAGAAGAGGAAGCAGAAGCUGCGAUCGGAAAAUUAAGCGAAAAUAGUGGAAAAGCGGGACGGGGCGGGGGAAAAGCGGUGGAAAGUGGAGAGACUGCACUCCAGCUAGCACGCUUCGCUGGCUGCGCGACAGCAGAACGCCAGUCAAGCGCCAAAAGCCAUUAGUGUAGAACCCCAUUUUCAGCUGGAGCGGCACAAGAAAGCAAUUUUCUGGUAGCAGAAACAGAAACACCAAGAAACGCGAAUAAUUGGUCGAAAUCUUUGAAGAGACAGCAACAAUUAGCCGGAAUCGGAAUGGAGCUGAAAGUUUGGGUCGAGGGCAUCCAGCGGAUCGUUUGCGGCGUUACAGUGAACACCACAUGUCAGGAUGUGGUCUUUGCCUUGGCCCAUGCCACUGGAAAAGUCGGCAGAUUCACUUUAAUCGAAAGGUGGCGUAAUAACGAACGUCACCUGGCCCCCAACGAAAAUCCCAUGAAGUUGCUGCUCAAAUGGGGCGAGUAUGCAAAUGAUGUGCAGUUUAUAUUACAACGAUCCGAGAACAAAACGCAGCAGCAACAACAACAACAGCAGCAGCAAAACAACAAUAACAACAACAACUAUGCUGUGAUGACAACGAAAAAGCCGCUGGGCCCAAACAAUAACAAUAAUAAGCCAGCGCCCACUUUGCAAAAGCAAAAGUCGAACGUCGAACUCAGCUACCGCACAAAGGAAUUGAAAAAGAGUUUUGGCGGCUAUGAUGCCAAACAGUUUGACAACAUUGGAAUAGUCAAAGGGAUUCCUCAGCAGCAGCCACCGGUUUCAGGAGCUCCGGUGAGCCCACCAGUUGUCCCGCAGGAGCAGAUGCCGCCGCAGGAUAACAACAAUGUAGCACCACUGGUGCCGAAGCACGAGAAGUCGCUAUCGAAUCCUUUGGAUAUGACCAGCACGGGCAGCAAUCCACCAACUUCAGCAAAUGGCUACAACGACUUCUACAACAAUAAUAGCAGCAGUAACCAGCACAUCUACAGCCAGCUAAGCAAAUCCAGCAAUGAACUGCGGCGUUCCAGUCCCAACGAGAUGUACUACAACAAUAAUAACAAUAUUGUCAAUAACAACAAUAACUCACCGGAGCUGUAUAAGCAAACCCCGACGAUUUCUGCAAAUGGAGCGCUAGUACCACCUCCGUAUCGUGAUCCGCCGCCCCCGAGGAACAGUCCCAUGUGCCAGGGUCAACGUUUGCCCAGCAGCAAUGCGGACACCAUGUCAAAUGCCUCCUCCUCGACGAAUCCGUUCCUCAGUGACUACGAUCAGCACAGCAACCAUAACAAUAACAGCAUUAACAAUAAUAGCCAGGCCAUGGAGGAGGGCGAGACCAUGUUCCAGGCCACGCAAUACAACGAUUUGUUGCAGCUCAUCAAGUUUCAGCGCGAGAAGAUAACAGCCCAGCAAAUGGAAUUGCAAAAAUUCGAUACGGAAAUAGUAUACUUGGAGAGCAAGGAACGGGACCACGCCCACGAGCUAGAGGCCAUAUCGCGUGAGAUCUCCAAGGCGGACCAAAUCUUUCGUCAAGGCAGCGAACAGCUCCAGACCCUGCAGUAUGUGGAGGAGGAGAACGAAUUGGUCAAGCAGCAGGAGAAGACUCUGAAGUCGGAAAUUGCUCUGCUCCGAUCCAAGCUGGCCAAUUGCGAGACUGAGCUGCUGCAAUGCAAGAACAAGAUGCGCUUGCUGAUGGAUGACAUAGAACUGGAACAGCAACAGCAGCAGCAGACUAAUAGGCAAACUGUGGAGCGCGACUUCUUAAUGGAAAUGGAGCGGAUACAGAGCGAAAUUGACCAGGCCCUGCACAACACGGACACUUCGAACAAGUCGACAGAUAACUUGAAGAAGGAGCUGCUGAUGAUCGAGCAUGCCAUUGCCGAGAAGAAACGGCAGGUGGAGCAGCUGGUCAACGAAAUGAAGGAGGUGAACUUGCAAAGUCUGACUGUGACCACCACGGAGGAGAUCAAGCACCUGUUGGAGGGACCUAACAAGCAGGGCAGCAGUCGGCGGAUUAUCGGCUCGCCCAGGCAACUAGAAACUGCUGUUCCAACCAGUAAAAAUCCUCACGGCGUCUGGGUUUAAGUCGCACACACUCCUUAGGCAUCGAAACUAUUUUUCUAGACUUAUUCCUCCUCCAACAAAUAAUGUUUUUGGGAACAAAAUUGAUGAACAUAUCUUGAAUGCAUAAUGGAGUUGACACAAAUCGAAUUCCAUAUGAAUAUCACAAUUUUACACAAUAUUCUAUACAAAUUUACAAUGAUUAACGUGCUUUCAGUAUGUUUACAUUCCAACCACUCUAUGGAUCUCUCAAUGCAAUGAUAAAUGUUACAAAUUCGCAAACACAACCCACAUGUCUCCACAUUCUGCACUGCACUUUGUAUUUUAAUGUAGUUAAUGAGUCCAUAAUCACAUGCCCCUAAUUUUAAUUUUGUGUGCUAUACUUUUGUUUAAUUUUUGUUGCUAGUCUACAUGUUAACAAAAACCCUUUUCAAUCUCUACAAUUCGCCAUUAGUUGUUAAUUUUAACAAUGAACUUUAAUUGUUGCAAUAAUUCGAAAGUAUCGUAACUUGAAUCGCCUUUUUAACAUUUAAGUAGUGCACUUAGUGAUUUGUCUCCCACAGAAUAAUUCAUUAUAGAAUUCACAAUUCGAAUUACACAAAAAUUAAUGUACUUAGCAAUUAGCGCAGCUUUAAAAAACAAAUUACAAAUUAGCAAUGCUUU